AUGUGGAUUGUCAACUGGUUCUACGACGUCUUGUCGUCGCUUGGCCUGCUGAACAAGCACGCCAAGCUGCUCUUCCUAGGCCUCGACAAUGCUGGAAAGACGACUCUGCUGCACAUGCUCAAGAACGACCGUGUAGCGAUUCUGCAGCCGACACUCCACCCAACUUCCGAGGAACUAGCCAUUGGCAAUGUGCGGUUUACCACCUUUGAUCUAGGUGGCCAUCAGCAGGCCCGCCGCCUGUGGAAGGACUACUUCCCCGAGGUCAACGGCAUUGUCUUCCUCGUCGACGCCAAGGACCUCGAGCGGUUCCCCGAGGCCAAGGCCGAGCUGGAUGCCCUGCUGUCGAUGGAGGAGCUGUCCAAGGUGCCGUUUGUGAUUCUCGGCAACAAGAUCGACCACCCGGACGCCGUCUCGGAGGACGAGCUGCGCCAUCAGCUGGGCCUGUACCAGACGACGGGCAAGAGCAAGGCGUCGCUCGAGGGCAUCCGGCCCAUUGAGCUGUUCAUGUGCUCGGUGGUGAUGCGGCAAGGCUACGGCGACGCCAUCCGAUGGCUGUCGCAAUACGUGUAA